AUGUCGGCUGCUACUAAGGAGAUACUCGGCCGUGUGCGGCAGAUGAUCCCGCCUAUGCUGGAGAAGUUUCAUAAAGGCCAGCUGGGACGAGUGGCUGUCAUCGGUGGUAGUGAGGACUAUACGGGCGCACCAUACUUCUCGGCUAUGGCCUCUGCGAGGCUUGGGUGUGAUUUGUCCCACGUCAUCUGCACCCCGACGGCGGCCACCGUCAUCAAGAGCUACUCGCCCAACCUGAUGGUGCACCCGCUGAUGCGCUCCUCGCCGUCCUCCCCUUCGGCACCCGUCAACUCGGGCUCGACCCAGGACACGGACCCGUCCCACAUCGCCGGCCGCAUCAUCCCCAUGCUGGACCGGCUCCACGUGCUGGUCAUCGGCCCGGGGUUGGGGCGCGAUCCGCUGAUGCAGGACACGGUCGCGCACGUCAUCCGCGCCGCGCGCGAGAAGGGCGUGCCCAUGGUGCUGGACGCCGACGCGCUGCUGGUCGUCCAGCGCGAUCCGGCGCUGGUGAAAGGGUACGGCCUUGCCGUGCUGACGCCCAACGUCGUCGAGUUCGGGCGGCUCACGCAUGCGCUCGGCGUGGACGACCAGGUGAAGGCCGCCCAGGAUGGCGCGGGGGGCGGUGAGACAGCCAAGGUCGAGGCGCUGGCGCGCGCGCUGGGCGGCGUCAUGGUCGUGCAGAAGGGCGCCAAGGACCACCUGAGCGAUGGGAAGGUCACGCUCACGGUCGAUCUGGAGGGCGGGAGGAAGAGGAGCGGUGGGCAGGGCGAUACGCUCACGGGCAGUAUUGCGACCUUUUUGGGGUGGCGCAAGGCCUAUAUGGAUGGCAUCUGGGACCACGGGAAGCCGCUCAGGGACGAGGAGCUGGUUGGUCUGGCUGUGUUUGGCGGCAGCGCUAUUACGAGGGAAUGCUCUCGGCUGGCCUUCGCGAAAAGAGGCCGCAGUCUGCAGGCGAGUGACCUCACGGACGAGGUGCAUACGGCCUUUCUCAACAUUUUCGGGGAGAUCGAAGAUGACAGCAGCGGCGCCAGGCUCUGA